AUGACCAGCACAGCUAAUGUAUUUCUCCUCUUUGGUGAUCUUCGCACUCUAGUGAUUUUGAACUGGUUGCUAGGUAUACGAAGAGAGAUUGAAGAAAUAACCACAGCACAAGGCAGAGUGUGGAUUUUGACUGCUCAGCUAGAGUUUAAGAACUAUGACAAGGAAGGGGAUCUGAGAGUUGCUAGGCUGGUCUACCAUGGGGCUUUAUCCUUGGCUGUCCAUUCCAAUGAGCUGCCUGGAUUUCAGCAAUUCAUUCAGGACAGAAAGCCUUCCAAUGCAAAAGAGGAUUUCUUAUUAAGGGACUUUUGGUCUUAUGCUUUUGGAUGUUCCUUCCCCAACUGGGUUCUGAACCAUACCAAUAGUGAUCUCUGCACUGGACAGGAGAGGCUGGAGAAUCUUCUUGAAAUCCAUUUAGAAAAAUCCAUUACUGGGCAGAGCUACAGCAUCUAUAAUGCUGUCUUUGCUGUGGCUCAUGCUUUGCAUGCCAUGUAUUCAUCCAGAUCCAAGCACAAAAGAAUGCUGGAGAGGGAGAGACGGACAUUUCUGACUCAGCAGCCGUGGGAGCUCCUCCAUUUUCUGAAGCAAGUGUCUUUUAAUAAUGCCAUAGGGGAACAGAUUUCCUUUGACCAGAAUGGUGUAUUUCUAACAAAAUUUGAUGCUAUGAACUGGGUUUUGUUUCCAAACAAGUCCUUUGUUAAAGUAAAAAUUGGAACGAUCAACUCCCAAGCAUCAAGAGACCAAAAAUGGACUAUGAACAAAAAUCCCAUUGGCUGGCACAAUUGGUUUAACCAGGUGCAACCCCUCUCAGUCUGUAAUGACAAGUGCCAGCCUGGUUACAGGAAACAAAAGAGAGAAGGGGAGCCCUUCUGCUGCUAUGAUUGCAUUCCCUGUCCAGAAGACAAGAUUUCUGAGUGGGAAGAUAUGCCUGACUGUGUGGAAUGCAAAGAAGAUCAUUAUCCAAACAAGUAUCAGAAUAUCUGCAUCCCCAAAACUGUAACCUUUUUAUCCUAUAACGAACCUAUGGGAAUGGGUUUAGCCACUGGUGCGCUUUUGUUUUCCCUGAUCACUGUUGUCUUCUUAAGAACAUUGAUAGUGCACCACAACACUCCCAUUGUCAAGGCCAAUAACCAGGAUCUCACCUACAGUCUUCUUGUCUCGCUCCUGCUCUGCUUCCUUUCUACAUUGCUUUUUAUUGGGCAACCUCAAAAGGUGAUGUGUGUCUUGCAGCAAUCAGUUUUUGGCAUUGUCUUCUCAGUGGCUGUUUCCUCUGUAUUGGGCAAAACCAUCACUGUGGUUCUGGCAUUCCUGGCCACCCAACCAGGAAAAAAGAGGACUGGGUGGAUGGGGAAAGGGCUGGCCAGUUCCAUUGUCAUUUCGUGUACUCUUAUUCAAGUAGGCAUCUGUGCCGUGUGGCUGGCAACCUGCCCCCCAUUCCCAGAUGCUGAUAUGCACUCAGGAAGGGGUGAAAUUACCCUGGAAUGUAAUGAGGCAUCCCCCAUCAUGUUUUACAGUGUGAUUGGGUACAUGGGCUCUUUAGCCAUUGCCAGCUUCAUUCUGGCUUUCUUUGCCAGGAAUUUACCGGACAGUUUCAAUGAAGCCAAAUCUAUCACUUUCAGCAUGCUAGUGUUCUGCAGUGUGUGGCUGUCAUUUGUCCCAACCUACCUGAGCACCAAAGGAAAAUGCAUGGUUGCUGUGGAGGUUUUCUCUAUUUUAGCUUCCAGUGCUGGAUUGCUGAGUUUCAUAUUUUUCCCCAAAUGGUACAUUCUUGUUCUGAAGCCUGAACUGAACAACCGGGAUCAUCUUAAGUGGAGAAACCACUGA